AUGAAUAAUCUAUCAUCACAUUUUCCCACGUUGACCAGAGGAUAUAUAUUAUAUAGACCUAAGUUCUAUUCAUUUAUUUUCAUUAUCUUCUCUUCGGAGUUGGUGUAUGGGUCAUUAAAUAUUUUCUUCUUCUUCUUCUUCUUCUUCUUCUUCCUUCAUCCUUCUCCUUAUUCUCCUUCUUCUCCAACUUCUGCUCAUUCUUCUUCUUCUUCGUUCCUCUUCUUCUGCUUCUUCUUCUUCUUCUUCUUCUUCUUCUUCUUCUUCUUCUGCAUCUUCUUUUCCAUUCCGACUCAUUCUUCUUCUUCUUUUUCUUCUUCUUAUUCGUUCCGUCUCCUCCUCCUCCUCCUUCUUCUUCUUCUUCUUCUUCUAUUUUCUGCUCAUUCUUCUUCUUCUUCUUCUUCUUCUUCUUCUUCGUUCCGUCCCAUUCUUCUUGUUCUUGUUCUCCGUUCCGUCUCAUUCUUCUUCGUCUUCUCCGUUCCGUCUCAUUCUUCUUCUUCUUCUUCUUCUUCUUCUUCUUCUUCUUCUUCUUCUUCUUCCUACCGUCUCAUUCUUCUUCUUCUUCUUUGUACCAUUUCAUUCUUCUUCUUCUUCGUUCCGUCUCAUUCUUCCUCUUCUUCUUCUUUUUCUUCGUUCCGUCUCAUUCUCCUUGUUCUUUUUCGUACCGUCUCAUUCUUCUUCUUUCCGUCUUAUUCUUCUUCUUCUUCGUUGCGUCUCCUUUUUCUUCUUCUUCGUUCCGUCUCAUUCUUCUGCUUCUCCUUCUUCGUCCCGUCUCAUUCUUCUUCUUCUUCUACUUCGUUCCGUCUCAUUCUUCUUCGUCUUCCCCGUUCUGUCUCAUUCUUCUUCUUCUUCUUCGUACCGUCUCAUUCUUCUUCUUCUUCGUACCGUCUCAUUCUUCUUCUUCUUCUUCCUCGUACCGUCUCAUUUUUCCUCUUCUUCUUCUUCGUUCCGUCUCAUUCUUCUUUUUGUACCAUUUCAUUCUUCUUCUUCUUAGUUCUUUCUCAUUCUUCUUCUUCUUCUUCUUCUUCGUACCAUCUCAUUCUUCUUCUUCUUCUUCCUCGUACCGUCUCAUUUUUCCUCUUCUUCUUCUUCGUUCCGUCUCAUUCUUCUUUUUGUAACAUUUCAUUCUUCUUCUUCUUAGUUCUGUCUCAUUCUUCUUCUUCUUCUUCUUCUUUUUCUUCUUCUUCUUCUUCUUCUUCUUCUUCUUCUUCUUCUUCGUACCUUCUCAUUCUUCUUCUUCUUCUUCCUCGUACCGUCUCAUUUUUCCUCUUCUUCUUCUUCGUUCCGUCUCAUUCUUCUUUUUGUACCAUUUCAUUCUUCUUCUUCUUAGUUCCGUCUCAUUCUUCUUCUUCUUCUUCUUCUUCGUACCGUCUCAUUCUUCUUCAUCUUCUUCCUCGUACCGUCUCAUUUUUCCUCUUCUUCUUCGUUCCGUCUCAUUCUUCUUUUUGUACCAUUUCAUUCUUCUUCUUCUUAGUUCUGUCUCAUUCUUCUUCUUCUUCUUCUUUUUCUUCUUCUUCUUCUUCUUCUUCUUCUUCUUCUUCUUCUUCUUCGUACCUUCUCAUUCUUCUUCUUCUUCUUCCUCGUACCGUCUCAUUUUUCCUCUUCUUCUUCUUCGUUCCGUCUCAUUCUUCUUUUUGUACCAUUUCAUUCUUCUUCUUCUUAGUUCUGUCUCAUUCUCCUUCUUCUUCUUCUUCUUUUUCUUCUUCUUCUUCUUCGUACCGUCUCAUUCUUCUUCUUCUUCGUACCGUCUCAUUCUUCUUCUUCUUCUUCCUCGUACCGUCUCAUUUUUCCUCUUCUUCUUCUUCUUCUGUCUCAUUCUUCUUCUUCUUCUUCUUUUUCUUCUUCUCCUUCUUCUUCUUCUUCUUCUUCGUAACUUCUCAUUCUUCUUCUUCUUCUUCCUCGUACAGUCUCAUUUUUCUUCUUCUUCUUCUUCUUCUGUCUCAUUCUUCUUCUUCUUCUUCUUCGUACCGUCUCAUUCUUCUUCUUCUUCGUACCGUCUCAUUCUUCUUCUUCUUCUUCUUCUUCUCGUACCGUCUCAUUUUUCCUCUUCUUCUUCUUCGUUCCGUCUCAUUCUUCUUUUUGUACCAUUUCAUUCUUCUUCUUCUUAGUUCUGUCUCAUUCUUCUUCUUCUUCUUCUUCUUCCGUCUCAUUCUUCUUCUUCUUCGUACCGUCUCAUUCUUCUUCUUCUUCUUCCUCGUACCGUCUCAUUUUUUCCUCUUCUUCUUCUUCGUUCCGUCUCAUUCUUCUUUUUGUACCAUUUCAUUCUUCUUCUUCUUAGUUCUGUCUCAUUCUUCUUCUUCUUCUUCUUCUUCUUCGUACCGUCUCAUUCUUCUUCUUCUUCGUACCGUCUCAUUCUUCUUUUUGUACCAUUUCAUUAUUCUUCUUCUUAGUUCUGUCUCAUUCUUCUUCUUCUUCUUCUUUUUCUUCUUCUUUUUCUUCUUCUUCUUCUUCUUCUUCGUACCAUCUCAUUCUUCUUCUUCUUCUUCCUCGUACCGUCUCAUUUUUCCUCUUCUUCUUCUUCUUCUGUCUCAUUCUUCUUCUUCUUCUUCUUCUUCUUCUUCUUCUUCGUACCGUCUCAUUUUUUCCUCUUCCUUCUUCUUCUUCGUUCCGUCUCAUUCUUCUUUUGUACCAUUUUCAUUCUUCUUCUUCUUAGUUCUGUCUCAUUCUUCUUCUUCUUCUUCUUUUACCGUCUCAUUCUUCUUCUUCUUCGUAACCGUCUCAUUCUUCUUCUUCUUCUUCCUCUUCGUUCCGUCUCAUUUUUUCCUCUUCUUCUUCUUCGUUCCGUCUUCAUUCUUCUUUUGUACCAUUUCAUUCUUCUUCUUCUUAGUUCUGUCUCAUUCUUAUUCUUAUUCUUCUUUUUUCUUCUUCUUCUUCUUCUUCUUCUUCUUCUUCUUCUUCUUUACUUCUUCUCAUUCUUCUUCUUCUUCUUCCUCGUACCGUCUCAUUUUCCCCUUCUUCUUCUUCUUCUUCUCAUUCUCAUUCUUCUUCUUCUUCUUCUUCUUCUUCUUCUUCGUACCGUCUCAUUCUUCUUCUUCUUCUUCCUCGUACCGUCUCUUUUUUUCCUCUUCUUCUUCUUCGUUCCGUCUCAUUUCUUCUUUUUGUACCAUUUCAUUCUUCUUCUUCUUAGUUCUGUCUCAUUCUUCUUCUUCUUCUUCUUCUUCGUACCGUCUCAUUCUUCUUCUUCUUCGUACCGUCUCAUUCUUCCUCUUCUUCUUCUUCUUUUUCGUACCGUCUCAUUUUUCUUCUUCUUCUUCGUUCCGUCUCAUUCUUCUGCUACUCCUUCUUCGUCCCGUCUCAUUCUUCUUCUUCUUCUACUUCGUACCGUCUCAUUCUUCUUCUUCUUCUUCUUCGUACAGUCUCAUUCUUCUUCUUCUUCGUACCGUCUCAUUCUUCCUCUUCUUCUUCUUCUCCUUCUUCGUACCGUCUCAUUUUUCUUCUUCUUCUUCUUCGUUCCGUCUCAUUCUUCUGCUUCUCCUUCUUCGUCCCGUCUCAUUCUUCUUCUUCUUCUUCGUACAGUCUCAUUCUUCUUCUUCUUCUUCUUCGUACCAUCUCAUUCUUCUUCUUCUUCUUCGUACCAUCUCAUUCUUCUUCUUCUUCGUACCAUCUCAUUCUUCUUCUUCUUCGUACCGUCUCAUUCUUCUUCUUUUUCUACUUCGUACCAUCUCAUUCUUCUUCUUCUUCUUCUUCGUACCGUCUCAUUCUUCUUCUUCUUCUUCGUACCGUCUCAUUCUUCUUCUUCUUUUUCUUUGUACCAUUUCAUUCUUCUUCUUCUUCGUUCCGUCUCAUUCUUCUCUUUUUCUUCUUCUUCUUCUUCUUCUUCUUCGUACCGUCUCAUUUUUCUUCUCCUUCUUCCUCUUCUUUUUCGUUCCGUCUCAUUCUUCUUCUGCUUCUUCUUCUUCUUCUUCUUCUUCUUCUUCUUCUUCUGCAUCUUCUUUUCCAUUCCGACUCAUUCUUCUUCUUUUUCUUCUUCUUCUUCGUUCCGUCUCCUUCUCCUCCACCUUCUUCUCCUUCUUCUUCUUUUCUAUCUUCUGCUCAUUCUUCUUCUUCUUCUUCUUCUUCUUCUUCUUCUUCUUCUUCUUCUUCUUCGUUCCGUCUCAUUCUUCUUCGUCUUCCCCGUUUCGUCUCAUUCUUCUUCUUCUUCUUACCGUGUCAUUCUUCUUCUUCUUUGUACCAUUUCAUUCUUCUUCUUCUUCGUUCCGUCUCAUUCUUCUUCUUCUUCUUCGUACCGUCUCAUUCUUCUUCUUCUUCUUCGUACCGUCUCAUUCUUCUUCUUCUUCUUCUUCUUCUUCUUCUUCUUCUUCGUUCCGUCUCAUUCAUCUUCUUCUUCUUCUUCUUUUUCGUACCGUAUCAUUCUUCUUCUUCUUUCCGUCUUCUUCUUCUUCUUCUUCGUUGCGUCUCCUUCUUCUUCUUCUUCUUCUUCUUCGUUCCGUCUCAUUCUUCUUCUUCUUCUUCUUUCUCGUACCGUCUCAUUCUUCUUCUUCUUUCCGUCUUCUUCUUCUUCGUUCCGUCUACUUCUUCUUCUUCUUUGUUCCGUCUCAUUCUUCUGCUUCUCCUUCUUCGCCCCGUCUCAUUCUUCUUCUUCUUAUUCUUUCUCGUACCGUCUCAUUCUUCUUCUUCUUUCCGUCUUCUUCUUCUUCGCCCCGUCUCAUUCUUCUUCUUCUUUGUACCAUUUCAUUCUUCUUCUUCUUCGUUCCGUCUCCUUCUUCUUCUUCUUCGUACCGUCUCAUUCUUCCUCUUCUUCUUCUUUUUCUUCGUUCCGUCUCAUUCUCCUUCUUCUUCUUCUUCUUUUUCGUACCGUCUCAUUCUCCUUCUUCUUCUUCUUCUUUUUCGUUCCGUCUCAUUCUCCUUCUUCUUCUUCUUCUUUUUCGUACCGUCUCAUUCUCCUUCUUCUUCUUUUUCGUACCGUCUCAUUCUCCUUCUUCUUCUUCUUUUUCGUUCCGUCUCAUUCUCCUUCUUCUUCUUCUUUUUCGUACCGUCUCAUUCUCCUUCUUCUUCUUCUUUUUCGUUUCGUCUCAUUCUCCUUCUUCUUCUUCUUCUUCUUUUUCGUACCGUCUCAUUCUCCUUCUUCUUCUUCUUUUUCGUAACGUCUCAUUCUCCUUCUUCUUCUUCUUCUUUUUCGUACCGUCUCAUUAUUCUUCUUCUUUCCGUCUUAUUCUUCUUCUUCUUCGUUGCGUCUCCUUCUUCUUCUUCUUCGUUCCAUCUCAUUCUUCUGCUUCUCCUUCUUCGUCCCGUCUCAUUCUUCUUCUUCUUCUUCUUCUUCUUCUACUUCGUUCCGUCUCUCUUCUCCUCUUCGUGCCGUCUCAUUCUUCUUCUUCGUUCCGUCUCAUUCUUCUUCUUCCUCUUCGUUCCGUCUCAUCCUUCUUCUUCUUCUUCUUAUUAGUUACCCCUCCUUCUCCUUUUUCUCAUUCUUCUCCUUUUUCUUCUCUUCCUUCUCCUUCUUGCUUUUUUCUUUCCUUUUUCUUCUAUUCAUUCAGCCCCAUAUCUAUCUAUCUAUCUAUCUAUCUAUCUAUCUAUCUAUCUAUCUAUCUAUCUAUUUCAUGGUAUUUUCUCUAUCUAUUUCAUGGUAUUCUAUCUAUCUAUCUAUCUAUCUAUCUAUCUAUCUAUUAA